AUGCACACCUUCGCUACUGCCCGUCGGUUUGUCUUCCGGACAGGCAUGCCGAUGUUUAUCAGGGAGUAUGAUUCCGAGACUAUAUCGGAACAAAUACCUGCCGGUGUGGAAGAUCCCUUCGAGAAGCCUACAUGGUCCGACCACAAUAUCAAAGUCUGGGCGAUGCCAGUCAAGCCUCGCUCGAAGUCUGGUACUCGUUCCCAGCUGCGGCCGCAAAGCCCUCGCAAGCGGAGCUUGGAGGAAUUCCAGGAGAACACCCAGUCAUACGAGCCGCUUGAUCCGCGGAAGCAGAAGCAAAUGAUGCUUCAGGGUGUCAUUACUGACAUGUUCAACUCGAAAUGGAAGAUGGACGCCCUCAUGGAAACUCCAUUAGCCCAAGUCAAGAUGCCUGCGGCCAUAUUUGUUCGCAACCCGGAAACGAAAGAUUUGGAACCUUAUAAAGGUCCCGUGCCGGGUGAUGGGAAGCCACUGCCAGAUAUUACGGUACUGGUUCGACAGCCCUGGCCUGGUGCGAUGAUUACCAGCCUCCCGUCCACGACUCCCUCUGAUGAGGCUCUCUCCUAUGUUGUCCGGAGUAAUGACAUCCGGGGCAAAUUCGAUCCAAAAAAGGCUUUGGAUCUGAAAGUCCCGAAGGGCGAGGCUUUCGGGCGCCUGACGAAAGGAGAAACCGUCCAGUCCACUGACGGUCAGAUCAUCACCCCGGAAAUGGUCAUGGGGCCGGCACGACUCGGCAAGGGCAUUGCUAUUAUGGAUAUACCCUCACCGGAGUAUGUAGAGGGGCUGAUCAAUCGCCCUGAAUGGAACUCGCAUGCUGUCACAACCGAAUUGCAGGCUUUCCUUUGGAUCCUAGGCCCGGGGGUUGGCGAGCACCCCAAGCUUCGGGAAUUUGUUGCAAGCAUGCCUCACUGCAAGCACAUGGUGUCAAGCACAGAUUACUGCCCGAACUACCUGGCGCUUGGCGGUGCAGCUUCGUCGUCCAUCCGGCUGGCUCGCCUGAGAGGCGACAACUACUCGAUUCCUGUUCAUGACAAUGUGACGCUCCCGCAGCCCGGUACCCCGACGGCUGGCUCUGAAACUGCUAUCGCCGGGAUUCGUGACUCGCCAUUUGAGCCCCUAGCGCAAGGGACCAUCAUUAACGUUGCUCCGGAUUUCGGAGUCGACAAUACCGAAGUCAAGGAAUAUUUCAACGCGGCGAAAACGAUACAAAGAAUCCCGCGGUCUGUUGAGCAACGCAUGGAGACCGUUCGUCGGCGGGUCGCAAAACCGGCUUUCCAGAAGCAAUUGCAAGAAUUUCGUCAAAAUCUUCCAGGAUCGGAUGCGGAGAUCAUUACACUUGGCACUGGUUCGUCAGUUCCAUCCAAGUAUCGCAAUGUCUCUUCGACAUUGGUCCACGUCCCGGGCUAUGGAUACUAUCUUCUUGACUGCGGCGAAAACACCAUUGGCCAACUGAAGCGUGUUUUUGAGCCGGAGCAGUUGCGUGAAGUCCUGCGAAAUCUACGGAUGAUCUGGAUCAGUCAUCUACAUGCCGAUCACCAUCUGGGUACGGUGUCCGUCAUUAGGGCCUGGUAUGAGGAGAAUUAUCCAGAGGGAACAGACCAGAACGCCCCGCCUGAAAGUGAUAUGAAGAAGAUUCUCCAAGAGAAGCGGCUAUUCGUCGCGUCUGAAGAGAUGAUGGUCUCUUGGCUUGAAGAGUAUGCCGGCAUCGAGAACUACGGUUUCGACAAGAUCGUGCCCUUGGCCGCAUAUUCGAAAACAGAGGGCUCUCAAAUCACGACCCAAUUUACUUACCGCCAUCGCCGCGCUGACGGUACCUCCGCUGACGGGGACAAGUCGGCCAAAAUGACCACUAUGCGAUUCACCGACCCCGACGAUCCUCUCACGGCACCCUUACAGGCUGCCACCGGUCUCUCCGACCUUCUCACCACCCGAGUCAAGCACUGCAAGGGUGCCAUGGCUGUAUCUAUGGUUUUCCCCAAUGGGUUCAAAGUCUCCUACUCUGGUGAUUGCCGACCUUCCGCGAAAUUUGCGGAGAUUGGUCGUGGCUCCACCUUGCUCAUUCACGAAGCGACUUUCCAGGAUGACAUGGGUGGGCAGGCCCGAGCCAAGCGUCACUCGACUUCUGCGGAGGCCUUGGAGGUUGGCCGUCGCAUGCAAGCUCGGUCAAUCUUGCUGACGCACUUCAGUCAGCGGUACCAAAAGAUUGCCACAUUUGACCAGCGCGCUGGAACAACUCAAGAUAAGGCUCGACAAGCCCCCGUCGCCCUUGCCAGAGAACCCGCAGAUGCAGACAUCCCCUUUGACGACCCCGAGGACAACGCCGCUGCUGCGUCCUCCUUGACCGACGACAUCAACAUCUCAGCUCAACCACGGCGGCGCGGUUCCGGCUCUAGCGAUGCGUUCGUACCGGGCGUUAAUGUCCCUGUGACAGUCGCGUUUGACUACAUGCGCGUCAAGGUUGGAGAUCUCGCUCAAGCGCAGGCCUACGCGCCGGCGGUAGAGAAGCUCUUUGAAAUCAUCGAUAGGGUCUCUGCCGCCGAGACUGAGCGCAACAAGCGAGACCGUCAGGAGCAAGAUGAUGCCAAGAAGGCUGCGAAGAACAAGAAAUGGGCUCAGGGCAAGAAGGCUGCUGUUGCUGCCACCGUCGGGGGCGCCGUGGCCGUUGCGGAAGUGGCCCAGACUGAACAGGCCUCAGAAGCAGGCGAGAAGAACUGGUGGAGUGCCAGCGAGAGUGAGAGCGGAUGGGAGACGAGCGAAGCGGAGGAGUGA